AUGCACCAGCCUCCUGGAUUUGUUGACAAAAGUUUUCCUAAUUAUGUUUGCAAAUUGCAGAGACCGAUUUAUGGCUUGAAACAAUCCCCAAGAGCUUGGAAUUCAAGAUUUGCAAAGUUUAUAAACAAGUUGGGCUUUGUUACGAGCAGAGCAGAUGCUUCUCUGUUUGUUUACAGAAAUGGAAGUGAAUUAGCAUACAUCCUACUCUAUGUCGAUGACAUACUCAUGACUGCUUCAUCGACAUCACUGUUGCAGAAGAUAAUAGACUCACUGAAGACUGAAUUUCCAAUGACCGACAUGGGCAAGGUGCGUCAUUUCCUUGGUGUUAAGGCAGAAUAUAAUGACAAGGGAUUAUUCUUGAGCCAAACAACCUAUGCUCGUGAUAUCAUUAGAAGAGCAGGGAUGGAAGAAUGCAAACCAUGUGCGACCCCGGUUGAUUUGAAGUCGAAGCUGUCAAACCAGAUUGGAGAACCAGUGAAAGAUCCAACGGCUUAUAGGAGCCUAGCAGGAGCUCUUCAGUACUUAACGUUUACACGGCCAGAGAUAUCUUAUGCAGUUCACCAAGUUUGUUUAUAUAUGCAUGAUCCACGACAGCCACACUUGCAAGCUCUCCGACGCAUUAUCAGAUAUCUCAAAGGCACUCUCUCUCAUGGUCUGCAACUCGUUAAAGGACAGAUUGAUCAGCUGACGGCUUAUUCAGAUGCAGACUGGGGUGGAUGUCUGGAUACAAGAAGAUCAACGUCAGGGUAUUGUGUGUUUCUUGGACCAAACCUCGUAUCUUGGUCUGCAAAAAGACAACCGACGAUCUCACGGUCAAGUUCGGAAGCUGAGUACAAAGGUGUUGCAAAUACAGUGGCAGAGUUGUGUUGGAUAAGAAAUCUUAUGCUUGAGCUUCACUGCAGCAUUACGAAAGCUUCCAUUGUCUACUGUGACAACAUCAGUUCGGUGUAUCUUGCCUCUAAUCCCGUCAAGCAUCAGAGAACCAAGCAUAUUGAGUUGGAUAUACAUUUUGUGCGUGAAAAAGUGGCUAUUGGAGAGGUAAGAGUUAUACAUGUUCCUUCUUCACUUCAAUAUGCAGAUAUAUUCACAGAUAUUUGA